AUGCAGGUUAUUGUGCAACUACUCCGUAGCGUAAACUCGUGGCGAAGAUCGAAUCGCAACCGUUCGCCCAAACGUGACCCUCCCCCCGCCCUCGCUUUCCUUCCCCACGCUUCCGCUCUCUUUCGCCCGCGUCGUCGCCAUCGCUUCCGCAACUCGUCGCGUGCCCGUCGCCUUCGCUCCGCCCGUCGCCUUCACUUCUCCCCCGUCGCUUUCACUCCCCCCCCUUUUCCGUUGCCUUCAUUUCCCCCUCCCGUCGCCUUCACUUCCCCCUCCCGUCGCCUUCACUUCCCGUCCCGUCGCCUUCAUUUCCCCCUCUUGUCGCCUUCAUUUCCCCCUCCCGCCGCCCUCACUUCCCCCUCCCGUCGCCUUCACUUCUCCCCCCCGAUGCCUUCGAUUCCCCCUCCCGUCGCCUUCCACGCCUGCCGCACUCGCUUUCCCCCCGUCACACUCGCUUCCCCACCCGUCACCUUCACUUCCCCUCCCAUUGCCUUUCACUCUCUCCUGCUCAAUCUCUUUCCCCCUGCUCACUCUCUUCCCCCCUGCUCACUCUCUUUCCCCCUGCUCACUCUCUUUCCCCCUGCUCACUCUCUUCCCCCCUGCUCACUCUCUUCCCCCCUGCUCACUCGCUUCCCCCCUCCUCAAUCUCUUUCCCCCUGCUCACUCGCUUCCCCCCUCCUCAUUCUCUUUCCCUCUGCUCACUCCCCUUGUUCUAACCCCACUUUCCCCAUUUCUCACCCAUUUUCCCCCUUCACGCUCUCUUACCCCCUCUGCUCGCCCCUGUUUUCCCGACUCACGCCUAUACUCACUCUCUCCCCCCCUGCUCACUCUCUUCCUCCCCUGCUCACUCUCUUCCUCCCCUGCUCACUCUCUUUCCCCUUGCUCACUCUCUUUCCCCCCUUCUCACUCUCUUUCCCCCUUCACGCUCUCUUUCCCUCCCUUCCGCCCGUUGCCCCCCUUCGUCUCGUGCUCGACCCCUCGCAAUCCCCGUCUCUCUCUCCCCCCGUCGCCCUCGUUUUCCCCGUCGCCCUCCCUUCCACUCCUCGUUGCCCUCGCCAUCCCUCCCUUCUCCCUUCCCAUCUCGCACACUUCAUCCCCCCAUCCGCUUCCCUGCUCACCCCCAUCCCCUUCCCUGCUCCCCCCCAUCCCCUUCCCUGCUUCCCCCUAUCUCCUUCCCUGCUUCCCCCUAUCGCCUUCCCUGCUCACCCCUGCUCCCUCUGUUUCACCCUUGCUCCCUCCCCUUCUUUUCUGCUCACUCUCUUCCCCCUUGCUCACUCUCUUUACUUCUGCUCACUCUGUUCCCCCCUGCUUCCUCUCUUCCCCUCUGUUCAAUCUGUCCCCCGCUGCUUCUUCUCUUCCCCUCUGCUCAUUCCGUUUACUGUCUUUCCCCCUUCACUCACCCCCAUACCCCCCAAUGCAGUUACAGGUGCUCAGCACCAGAUGUGGCUUAGCACGGCCUGGUUUAUUGCUUGCAGUGUAGCAGACAAAACCGGAAAGCAACAUUACACAUACACCCCCUAG